AUUAUGCUAAUAUCUAAUUUAUUCGAGAACUGAACAUUUCUAAUUUAACAAAUAUUACUUUAUCUUUUUAUGAACUUCAUUGUUAAUUAUAUAAUCCAUACGAGCUUCUAGAGCUUCGUUUAGUUUGUCAAAAAUGGUCAACAACAAUUGAUAAGAUGAAGCUGAUGUUAUUUUUUUGGAAAUCCCUUUGUAAUAGAGAUGAAAUAAAGCCCUGGAUUUAUGAAAUAAUUGAGAAGAAAUUUCCAAGGUCCAUAAAAAAAACAAGAAUAAAUUGGAGUCCAAUGAUUUGGAAAAAAAUAUAUUUGUCGUUCCGGAGAUGGCAUUAUCAUCUCAAACUCCCUCAUUUUUUUACUGUUUUCGACUUCACGCAAAUAUUUACAACUGGUGAAGAGUUAACAUGUAUGGAUGUGUGGGCAAAUUACUUUGCUGUCGGCAGCAAUAUUGGAAAAGUUUAUUUUUUUACUACAAAAAGUUGCAUGAAAGGAUUAUUCACCAUACAUAGUACAACUAUUAAAAUUACUAACAUAAAAUUUUGGUAUACAAAUUCGAAAGAUUUGAUUGCUGUUAUUUCACUGAAUAAUCAAAAAUUGGAGUUUUGGGACGUGAUUAAUCAACAUAAAAUUCACAACCCUCAUGAAGAUCAACCAUCCGUUUCUAUGAUAAGUAAAGCACAUAGAUUUUUUAUCGCAAGUAACUAUGAAAUAAUCGAAUAUAAAUGGAUUCAAAGUGAAUUACGUAAAGGAGAAAAAUUAGAAUUUCAACCGUCAACAAAUACUGAAACCGGUCCAAACUUAAAUAUUUUUGAUAUAUUUGUUGAUCAAAAAAAGAUGACUGCUAUAAGAACCAAUUUUAUCCACAUUAUGGUUGAAUCAUUUGAAAUUCCCACAUUACGAACUUUACGAUUUGUUAAUCUUAUUGACGAAAUUUCCACACACAGUAUAGAACCUGAAAGAAAUUACAAUGUCAAAUGCCAUAUUCCAAUAAAUGACGUUAUAUUUAUGGUAACAGAUUUAUAUUUUUAUGUGGCACUUAAAUUAACGGAACAUGAAGAACAUAUUUGGAAAACAUACUCACUUUCAGAAAAUUUAAGAAAUAAUGUCUCGUCAAUUUUAUUCUAUUCAAAUAUUUUUUUUUAUGGUUUAAGAUCAGGGUCCAUACUUAUCUACUUUGGCAAAAGCAUUUUCGAUUAUUUGAAUAUAAAUUUACCAACGAUAAUUUCCAAAACUUUGAAUAUCGAUACCGAACCAAUUACUCAUUUAAAUAUUGUAGAGUCCAAAGAUUCAGUGAGUCUUUUGGCAAUGACGAAAUAUAAAUUACAUAUCAUAAAAUUUUAUGAUAUUUUAAGUGAUGCGUAAAUGUCUAAUAACUAAAGGGAAUGAACACAAAAAAAAAUUAAAGCUGGCUUAAGCCAGUUGAUCAUGACAAUUACAAAAAUUAAUUAUUUAUAAUUAUUAAUAUUAUUAUUAUUUUUUAUUAUUUUUUUAAUUCAUAGAACAAUUUCAAUUCACCUAGUGACAUUGGUAAUAUUUACUUUAUAUGUUAGAUAAAUUAACGAGUAUGCUUAGUUAAAAGGAUACCCUGCUUGAACAUUCUUGUUGAAAAAAGAUAAAUCUUAUAGAGCUUUUCAAAAUUUCAAUGGAAGACAAAAUAUUUAAAUAGAAAUUUUCAACUGUCAUCAACAGUCCAAGGAAAGGAUCAAUUUAAAUCGGAAUUCAAAAUGCAUUUGGUGACGUGCAAUAAGUAGUUCAACAUAUAUUACGAUUUAUCACUGAUAGAAAUACAAUUAUAUUUUUUUUACACUUUUUGAAAAAUCGUGUAUUGAAACCUUACAUAAAAAUCAAUAAAAAAAUUUAA